AUGUCGUCUCUCCUCGAGAAGCAGAAGGCAGCUUUCAACAGCUCGCUUGCCUCGGCUGCCAGCAAACUGAACUCCAAAAAGCCAUCCCUUGCACCGCCCUCGCCCUCGCCCUCUGUUGGCAGCACCGCGUCUAAGAACGAUGCCUCCUCUUCGACCAAGCGCAAGCGAGAUCCUAAUGCAGUCGUCUACUCGCAGCCGGCCAACACGAGCUUUGGGCAGGAGGUCUUCACCCAGAUGCAGUACGCCCUCGAGUGGUUGAAGGGGAAAGACGAGCCCAAAACAGCCACCGAAAUCUUUGACCAUCUCGGCCAGACGCGCAGCACCGAUAAGCAUAAGCAGUCUCUCGUUGAAGCCAUGCGUAGGCACCCUCGCAUCCAGUGGGUCCCUGAUCCAAAGCUUUCGGAGCAGACGUGGAAAACGGGCACUUAUGUGCAUCGCCCUAUCAUUCCCGGUGUCAAGGACAAGAUUUCGCUUCUGCGCCACCUACAGAGCAAGAAGGAUGCAGAGGGAACGUCUGUCAAGGACCUCAAAGACGGUUGGCCGGAUUGCGACCAGGCUUUGAUGGAGCUGGAGCGCGAGCAUAAGAUUCUGAUUGUCAAAACCAAAAAGGAACAGCACCCUCGUGCGAUCUGGCUUGAUGACGCUUCGCUCCACCACCAUGUUGACGACGAGUUUAAACGCAUGUGGAACGCCGUCGAAGUGCCCAGCACCGACGACAUCGUUAAGAAGCUCAUAUCGGUCGGGCAGAAACCUGCCAGCGCCGACCCCAGUACCAUCAAGAAAGUCGAUCCUAAGGGCAAGCAGCAGAAGAAGCGCGCUGUCCGUCGCACUGGCAAGACGACCAACACCCAUAUGGAGCAUCUGCUCAAGGAUUACAGUCACAUGACCAAGCGGUAG